GCUGAAGGGAGAAUAGAUGUAGCACCAAGCGGCGAGUACCCCAAAACGCGCCUCUUCAUUGUGGCUGGGUGUUGCUAGUCGGGCGAGGAAUAGUCGUACGAAGCAUUACUCUCUUCUUAUUACUUUAACUGUACACAAACACACUAUCGAUCAGGUUUUUAAUUGUCGUACGAACGAAUAUUGUGACCAAGUCUUUUCUAUAAAAACAAAUCCAUUAGGUGUUUUCGAUGACGGUAACAAACGCGGCAAUGUCAUUGAACCGGCAGCUCUAACAGUCACGUGUAGUAUUGUCUAGUUCCAUGGCCAUGCGAACACAAGUCCUUGAAGCGUUUGUGAGCAUGCGCAGAAGGACGGCAGCGAGCGGGGCGCGUGGUUGCCAUGAAAGCCAGUGAGAACGGUUGUCCAACAUGGCUACACUGCACAAUGGUGUGUUGGAGCCCAGUUCUCACCAUCAGAACGGCCAUCCCAGUCUUAGUGAAAGUAACGUACCCGUGAAGGACCACGAUGCUAUUAAACUGUUUGUGGGUCAAAUUCCUCGGAAUUUGGACGAGAGAGACUUAAAACCUUUAUUCGAACAAUUCGGUAAGAUAUAUGAACUGACAGUGCUGAAAGACAAAUAUACAGGAAUGCAUAAAGGAUGCGCGUUUUUGACGUAUUGUGGUCGAGAAAGUGCAAUCAAGGCCCAGAAUGCAUUGCAUGAACAGAAGACACUUCCAGGGGUGAGUUAAUCGAUAAAGUUUUUGUCUAACACCUGAAUUUUUCAUGGACAGUUCCUUAAUUGUUCACCCACAUCUGUGAUUGCAACCUUCACUUAUGUACACUGUUGCUUUUAACAUGUGAAAAUGCCACAUCAUUUAUAGAUGUUGGAAAUAAUGAAGUUUUGAUGGGGUAGAAACUGCCCAGUGUGUGAAUUUUUAUUUAUUUUUUAAAAAAGGUUUUACUUUUAUGGAGCCAAUUGAAUCCUCCAAGAGAAUUUUUUUACAAAUUUUCUAGUUGGAAAAUGUGUAAAAUAUGCAUGAUCUGUAGUAUUAAUGGUAUACGUGGAUGAGUUUCGUGCAUAUUGGAUCUACUCGUACAUUUACUAGUUUAUACAAAAUCUGUAAGUAAAUAAAUCGAUGAGAAAUUUAUAAAAUAAAAAAUAACGAUGGUCAUUUUUUCUCGUUACGAUAAAAUCGAAGUUAUUAGUG